AUGGUAUGGUCACAGUUAGAUGUUACUAAGGCACAUGUCGCCUAUGCAUGUGUAGGUGUGUUCUCAUGCGUUUUCUCCUUAGUUUCGUUAUUUUUUAAGGAAAAGUUGUACAUUGGGGAGUCUAGUGUUGCAGUUUUAUUCGGUUUAAUUGUGGGACCUCAUUGUUUGAACUGGUUCGAUCCUACAGAGUGGGGUAAUACAGAUAACAUUACGCUUGAGAUAUCUCGAAUAGUGUUAUGUCUUCAGAUUUUUGCAGUGGCGGUUGAGUUGCCAAAGAAAUAUAUGUUAAAGCAUUGGCUUUCAGUUACUAUGCUUUUAGUUCCAGUGAUGACCGCAGGCUGGCUUAUCACAGGUUUAUUUGUGUGGGCCCUGAUUCCUGGUUUGAACUUUUCUGACAGUUUAUUAGUUUCUGCCUGUGUUACGGCUACAGAUCCUAUUCUAGCGCAAUCAGUUGUGUCAGGUAAAUUUGCACAAAGGGUCCCUGGUCAUUUGAGGAACUUAUUGUCUGCUGAAUCUGGAUGUAACGAUGGUAUGGCUUUCCCAUUCAUUUACUUGUCAUUGAAUAUUAUUUUUCACCAACACAAUUCAAACGAGGUUGCUAAGGAAUGGAUUUGUAUUACGCUUUUAUGGGAGUGUAUUUUCGGAUGCGUUCUUGGUGCCGUAAUUGGGUAUAGUGGUAGAAGAGCGAUCCGUUUUGCAGAGGAAAAGAAGUUGAUUGAUCGUGAGUCCUUCUUAGCCUUCUAUGUGUUUUUGGCGUUAAUGUGUGCCGGAUUUGGAUCCAUUCUUGGUGUUGACGAUUUAUUGGUUUCCUUUGCAGCUGGUACUGCGUUCUCUUGGGAUGGUUGGUUUUCUAAGGCUACCGAGGAGAGCAAUGUUUCUACAGUUAUAGAUUUAGUCUUGAAUUUGGCAUAUUUCGUUUACUUUGGUGCAAUUAUUCCAUGGAGUCAAUUCAACGACAGUUCCAUUGGCAUGUCUGUUUGGAGACCUAUUUUGCUUGCCAUUGCAGUUAUUUUCUUACGUAGAAUACCCGCUGUUCUAACCUUCAAACCUUUCAUACCCGAUAUCAAAAGUUGGCGUGAAGCGAUGUUUGUUGGCCAUUUUGGUCCAAUCGGUGUUGGUGCCAUAUUUGCUGCAAUUCUAGCAAGGUCAAACCUUGAAUCUCAUAUCACAGGUGAAGAAACACCUUUGAGGCAUAUACCUCCUAAGGGUACCAAGUACUGGCAACUAAUAGCCGUAAUAUGGCCGUUAGUCUGCUUUUUGGUUUUAUCAUCUAUCAUAGUUCAUGGCUCAUCUGUGGCAGUCUUUACUCUUGGUCGUCAUUUGAAUACCAUAACAUUGACCAAAUCAUUCACUGUCCACACCACCAAUGGUAAUGGCCUUGCAUCUAGAUGGAUGGAUAGAUUGCCCGGUUUAGAUACUGAAGGUAGAUCGUACUCUUUACGCCGUGUGGAUACCAUGGCAUCUGGAGCUAAUAAACAUAUUGGUAAGAACGAUACUAUUGAAACAAGUGGAAUUCCAGCUAAACCUGCCGGAGGCAUGAAAUCUAAGAAGAAGAGAUCUAAGAAGAGAGGUUUGAGACACCGUGGCCAUGAGAAUGAAAAAAGGAGUAGUUUGGAACUUGAACGUGAAAUUCGCCAAAGAGAAGCACAAGCAGCUGCAUUUGCUCUUUCCAAGGACGAUGAACAUGAUCUUGGAACUACUUCCUUCACUUCAUUGGAUGAAAACGACUAUCUAGAUAACGCACAGACCACUUCCAAUAGCUCUGAAACAGGUCAAGGAUCCAGUAAUCACAAAAACUCAAAUGUUGGUAUUACUCCAAAACCUACAUUCAAUGAUGAGAAACUGCCGUUCCCAAACAGUCAGAAUUCUGAAGCAACAGAAGGGACAUUAGAACAUCAUGAUGCAUCACAACUGCUACCAGAUGACCACGCCCACAUUGCCUAUCAAGAAGGUUCCAGGAUCAUAUUGGAAGACAAAAGAGGUGAAGUCGUUAACGAAGCCUCAUAUGUUAAUCAACCACCUGAUUCUAAUAGUCUGCACCAAAGUGAGGAAGGUGAAGCUUUAUCAAAGACUACUACAAACAACACUGUAGAAUCCUUGAAAAAAGUUCUUACUCCCUCAAAGUUCAGACGCAGUACACUUGUCGAUGCGGACGAUACGUCGAAAAAGUACUAUGCCUACAAAUAUGGUAAUCAAUUGGUCAUUGAAACAGAUAAAGGUGAAAUUAUAAGACGUUACCAAAUCAAUCAACACGAAUCUGAGAAAGAGCCGGAAGAAGAACGAGAAACUAAACCAAGAAGUGAUAGUGUUGUGGCAAAGGCUCUCAAGAUAGUAAAACUUGGAAAGAGCCCCUCUACGAAGGAGCAUAGAACAGUGUCUAGUUCGUCAGCAUCAUCUGCAGCCGCAAAGCAACAGAUGAAAAAUAAAAAACUUGCUCGUCAACUUACUCCAUUGCCAGUUAUCACUAGUUUAGUUCCUGAAGACGAAGAAUCAGAGGAACAUGAUGAUAAUUCGGAAGAUUAUAGUAAUGACGAAGAAGGUUCUGAGAACAUGACUUCAGAUGAAGAAGAAUACACCUCUGACGAGACUGAGGAUGAAGAAGAAGAAACUGAAGUUGAAAGAGCCAGAAGGCUUACAGCUUUGGGUCUUUCAAGUGCCCCACGUAAUGAAGAUGAUGAAGAGGAUUAA